CCAGCUCUGAUUGGAUAGGCUGCAUUUUUAAACUCCUACAGUAUCCGUCAAGUGGUCAGAGCCUUGGAUUGAGAGUCAGCGAGAAGUCCUGUGCAUCUGUGCUGAUCUUCUUCCCCUGAACACCUCCAUUUCAGGACAUUGCUGUACCGCCACUGUCUUGGUGAGGAUAUUCCUGAAGACUUGUUCAAGGUUGCUGCUGCCCAGAUGGCCAAGCUGACAGCCACUCCUCUCAGUGCUCUUGUCGAUGAGCCUGUGCACAUCCGAGUCACAGGCCUGACGCCCUCCCAGGUGGUAUGCCUUCAGGCAUCACUGAGAGAUGAGAAGGGCAAUCUCUUUGGUUCUCAGGCCUACUACAAGGCCAGUGAAGUGGGGGAGGUGGAUCUGGACCGUGAUCCCUCACUUGGGGGAGACUAUAUGGGUGUCCACCCCAUGGGUCUUCUCUGGUCCUUGAAACCUGAAAAACUGUUGAGUCGACUGGCCAAAAAAGAUGUGAUGAACAGCCCCUACGAGGUCCACAUAGAUCUCCGCAGUCCACACUUUCCAAUAAAAGGUGUGGUUAUCAGCCCGCCCAUGGAUAGCCUGACUUUGAAAAGAUGGUAUGUAGCCCCUGGUGUCACAAGGAUCCUGGUAAAGGAAGGCCGCCUCCGGGGAGCCCUGUUUCUGCCUCCAGGAGAAGGCCCUUUCCCAGGGGUCAUUGACUUGUUUGGGAGCACUGGUGGACUGAUUGAAUUCCGGGCCAGUCUUCUGGCCAGUCAUGGCUUUGCAGCCUUUGCUCUGGCUUACUGGGGCUAUGAUGACCUGCCCUCUCACCUGGAGAAGAUAGAUCUAGAGUAUUUUGAAGAAGCUGCAGAGUUUCUCCUGAGACAUCCUAAGGUCUUGGGCUCAGGUGUUGGCGUCGUUUCUGUGUGCAAAGGAGCAGAAGUUGGACUCUCUAUGGCUAUUAACCUAAAACAAAUAAAAGCCACUGUACUUAUCAAUGGGCCCAAUUUUGUUACUAGUGAUCCACAUGUAUAUCAUGGUCGAGUCGACCGGCCCAUACCAUGCAAUAUAGAAUUUGUAACCACCAAUGCCUUGGGCCUUGUAGAAUUUUAUCGAGCCUAUGAGGAGACUGCAGACAAGGAUAGCAAAUACUGUUUUCCCAUUGAAAAAGCUCAGGGACAUUUCCUUUUUGUGGUGGGAGAAGAUGACAAGAAUCUCAACAGCAAAGUACAUGCUCAUCAAGCCACAACACAGCUGAUAAAAAGUGGGAAGAAGAAUUGGACUCUGCUGUCUUACCCUGGGGCGGGUCACCUGAUUGAGCCUCCCUACUCCCCAUUGUGCUGUGCCUCAAGGAUCCCCUAUGUGAUCCCAAGCAUCAGCUGGGGCGGAGAGGUUACCUCACACGCAGCUGCACAGGAGCAUUCUUGGAAGGAGAUACAAAAAUUCCUCAGGAAUCAUCUCCUUCCAGAUGUGAGCAGCCAGCUCUGAGUGGACUUGAUGAUAUUACUGGGAAGUAGAAUUGUUCAUCUCCUGACCAGCACCGCUUCUCACUUUCUGUAGAGGAAUUCUUCUGAUGUCUUAUUGGAUGACAAAGGAAGGUAUCACAAGAAAAUGCAAGUGGGCUGAAAGUGAUAAUAUCUUGACUUUGGAAGGGGAAAUAUUUUCCAUGUAAUGAAAUAUCAUGAAGUGAGAGGCCUAUAUCUGUAUAAAUAAAAUCUUAGACCUACCUUUCCUAAAAUUUUCAUCAUCAUAGCAAUUUUCUAUAAUAAUUUUCAAGGAAAUUAUUAGUGAUAAACCACAGAAUACUCUGCUUUAUAAAAGAAACAUGAGAAUAAUAUAUUGGCAUUUCCUAAUUUCUUAAAACUCACAUUAAUAUGCUUAGAUCAUUCUUAUUGUUACUGGAAGUCUAGAGACAGGUGUUUUAAGGCAUCAUGAAUACUUAUAUGUAUACAGGAGUAUUGAAUCAGUUUACAAACAAUUUAGCCAAUGUUAACAAAUCAUUUUUGCCUCUAAACAUUUAUAGCACGUCAGCAUUCUCCGUAAUAAGAAGGGAGCAAUCUGAGACCUACAGAGGUGCAGCUAAGAGAAGCAAGUAUGAUGAUGAGGGCUGCAGCCCUCUAGGUUAGGGCUCAGCAGUUUUGCUUUGUUUUGUUUCUGUAAAGUACUAUCCCACGGAUAAUUUCAAUGUUGUCAUCUGCAAGUCUUCUGUCAGUAGGCCGCAUUCUGUCAUGAUAACAGGGGACGUAUGUAAUGAAAAUGAUGGCUGAAUUCCAAUUAAACUUUUAAUCCUGUA